AUGAGCAACGAAGAGGCCAAUACGCCGCCGUACAGGCUUCACCAGAAUGAUCUUGAAGCCGGUAACAGUAGCACCGACUUCCAUGACGAUGAUGAAGUAGGUUCUGGACCGUUUGAUAUAGUUCGAACCAAAAGUGCUCCACUCGAUCGGUUGCGUAGGUGGAGGCAAGCUGCACUUGUAUUGAAUGCUUCUCGUCGAUUUCGGUAUACUCUGGACCUGAAAAAAGAGGAAGAAAAGAAGGAAUUGAUUGCUAAGAUUAGAACGCAUGCUCAAGUUGUUCGGGCUGCUUUUCGUUUCCAAAUUUCUGGGCAAGAUGCAAAAGUAAAAGAAACUCAAGAGCGGUUACCUCCAUCGAAGUCGACCACCCCUGUUGGCAAUUUUGAUAUUAGCCCGGAGGAGCUAGUUUCAAUAACCAGGGAAAAUGAUCUUACUUUUCUGAAGCGUAUUGGAGGGGUUAAAGAAGUGGCAGAUAAAUUAAAAUCGAAUUUGGAGAAAGGUAUACAUGGAGAUGAGACUGACCUCAUAGACCGGAAGAAUGCUUUUGGAUCGAACACAUAUCCUCGGAAGAAAGGCAGAAGUUUCUGGAACUUUCUCUGGGAGGCUUGUAAAGACACAACUCUCAUUAUCUUGAUGGUCGCUGCAGCUGCUUCUUUAGCAUUAGGCAUAAAGACUGAGGGUAUAAAGGAAGGAUGGUAUGAUGGAGGAAGCAUUGCCAUGGCAGUCCUUAUUGUUAUUAUAUUUACAGCUGUUAGUGAUUACAGGCAAUCCCUCCAGUUUCAAAAUUUGAAUGAAGAGAAGCAAAAUAUUCACAUUGAGGUCAUUAGGGGUGGGAGGAGAGUUUUUAUCUCAAUAUUUGAAAUAGCUGUUGGUGAUAUUGUGCCUCUUAAAAUUGGUGAUCAGGUACCUGCUGACGGAAUUGUAGUAUCUGGUCACUCCCUUUCAAUUGAUGAAUCAAGUAUGACUGGGGAGAGCAAAAUUGUUCACAAGGAUUCAAAAGCGCCAUUUCUGAUGUCUGGAUGCAAGGUUGCUGAUGGUUAUGGCACCAUGCUGGUAACAGGUGUGGGAAUAAAUACUGAAUGGGGACUGCUUAUGUCAAGCAUAUCUGAGGAAAAUGGUGAAGAAACACCAUUGCAGGUGCGUUUAAAUGGGGUUGCCACUUUUAUUGGGAUAGUUGGGCUAGCAGUAGCUGUAUCCGUUCUGAUUGUUCUCGUGGCCAGACUUUUUACUGGGCAUUCCAAAAAUCCAGAUGGUACGGUCCAAUUUAAACGAGGCCAGACUACAGUUGGUGAAGCGAUAGAUGGAUUUAUAAAAAUAUUCACUGUUGCAGUGACCAUUGUAGUUGUUGCAGUACCAGAAGGGCUUCCUUUGGCUGUUACUUUGACGCUUGCAUAUUCCAUGAGGAAAAUGAUGGCAGACAAGGCCUUGGUGCGGAGGCUAUCUGCCUGUGAAACCAUGGGAUCUGCAACUACCAUUUGCAGUGAUAAAACUGGGACUCUAACUCUGAAUCAGAUGACUGUGGUCAUGGCAUAUUCUUGCGGAAACAAAAUUGAUCCCCCAGAUAAUAAGUCCCUGCUUCCUCCUAACGUCAUAUCUCUGCUUAUUGAAAGCAUUGCACAUAACACGACUGGCAGCGUAUUUGUUCCCGAGGGCGGUGGAGCCCUGGAGGUUUCUGGAUCACCAACAGAAAAGGCCAUUCUUCAGUGGGGAGUUAAUCUUGGGAUGGAUUUCAAUUCAGCAAAAUCAAAAUCAGUGAUAAUUCAUGCUUUUCCAUUCAACUCAGAGAAAAAGCGAGGUGGUGUUGCUGUGAAACUGUCGGAUUCUGAAGUUAAUGUGCACUGGAAAGGGGCUGCAGAAAUAGUCCUUGCAUCUUGUACAAGUUACAUUGACACAAAUAAUCAUGUGGCUCCCAUGGAUGAAGAUAAGUUAUUGGUUUUUAAGAAAGCAAUUGAAGAUAUGGCUACCAGUAGUUUGCGGUGUGUUGCUAUUGCCUACAGGCCAUAUGAAAUGGAGAAGAUUCCAAGUGGUGAAGAGGAACUUUUGAGUUGGCAGUUACCAGAGGGAGACCUUAUUUUACUGGCCAUUGUCGGUAUCAAGGAUCCUUGUCGUCCUGGAGUGAGAGAUGCAGUUCAAUUAUGUAUUAACGCUGGCGUUAAGCCAAAACAUGAUCUCCGGAAUUACGACUCCAAAAGAACAUUGACUAAGCUCCUGGAGAUCUUAGCUAUUUGGUUUCAGUUUUUAAAGUAA